UAGAGCAGUGAUCAAGAUAAUUAAGUUGAGAGUGCAAACUGCAAAGUGAUUAACAACAACAAUGGUGGGAGCUUCUGAGAAAGUAGGGUGGAGGAAAGGGCCAUGGACCCCCGAGGAAGACAAGCUUCUUGGCGAUUAUGUUAGCUUGUAUGGUGAAGGAAGAUGGAGCUCUGUGGCUAGAUGUGCAGGUUUGAAUAGGAAUGGCAAGAGUUGUAGGCUAAGAUGGGUGAACUACUUGAGGCCAGGCCUAAAGAGAGGCCAUAUAUCACCACAGGAGGAAGGCAUCAUUAUUGAAUUGCAUGCUUUAUGGGGCAACAAAUGGUCAACUAUAGCAAGAUACUUGCCAGGAAGAACAGACAAUGAGAUAAAGAACUACUGGAGAACUCAUUUCAAGAAGAAACCCGCAUCUGGGAAGACUAGCGAAAAGCAAGAUAGGAGAAAGAACCGCAGAAAGAGAAAUGAAGAGAAAGUAAUAAAGGACACCAAACCACAAGAGACGAUGAGUAAUAACGACUCUUCGUGCAUCACCGCCGCCGCCGCACCGAUUGGCGGCACGUCAGCCAACACUACGACGUCGUUGUAUCAUGAAGACAUUGAAUCCUGGGUAGACAGCUUUGCCAUGGAUAUGGAUGGUUUGUGGGGAGGGGGAUUAUGGAACCUAGACAAUGAUGACAGUUUAAAUUUGCAUGAUCCUGAAGCGGCAUUAUUAGAGCAGGGCCAUGUGAUUCAAAAUCCUUGUGGUUUUGGAGCUGAUCAUGCCGUUAACCUCUGGAAUGGAGGGUUUAUUUUCUGAGGAAUAAUUACCUUCAAUAGUACGUAUGUAAUACGUACUAGAUUUGGUUUUGUUUUAUUUCAGUAAAUUAUUCUGUAUGCAUUGCAUGUCUUGUAUUAUUAAAUCUUGUAGUUAUGAUCGAGUUCUUUUUAAGA